CUCAGUGCUUAAGAAAUAUUGCCUGGUAAUCUUCGUCGAUGUGUACAUGCAAAAGAGAUGGCACACUGAAUGCUUUGAAAGAGGGUGUUCGUUAUCGCUUCUACUAACCCCACACACAAGUAGUUGUGGCUGUUGUGGAGAGCUCGAUUUUGACUUGGCAGUGUUCCCAUUGCAAAGUUACAAACAAAAGAUGGCGAACUGGUGUCGCCUGGUUCCAGUCGUAGCUUUGAUCCUGUUGGUCAGUGCUGUUUCCUUCACUUCGGGCCAAGAUAUGGAUGUAACCUUCCAGUUAAAGAAGAAGUGGUUUGGUGGAUUUCUUGGCCGAUUACAAGUCAACUUUAACAAAAAUGCAAGCUUUUGGUUCUUUGACGUGACCUUCCGACGGAACGUGUUUGAUUUGAGGACUCUUGGCGCAGUGGCAAAGGUUGGUAAGGAGAAUCAUAGGUCCUACCGCUUCGCCGAUCUGCCCUGGAGUAGAAUUGCAAGUGAUGGAGAUGCAAUGGAAAUCUUAUUCUACGCCAAGACGUGGCGGAGGGUUCGUGGUCUCAGACCCACCAUCACAGCAACCAAGGCUUACCCGCAAGACCGUUGCUUGAGGUGUUGUUCUUAUGGCGGCUUAUUCUACAGAGGGAAUAUCAACGACUGGACGACCUAUCAAAUAAAACCCUCCCUGCUGACAACCGAGAAUUAUGUAUUUAACGACCACACAACCAUAAUGUCUGUGUCCGACGUUAAGCCGCCUAGUUAUGGAAACGUUUUGCCUAAACUCGGAGAAAGUUCCGCUGACCUUGUCUAUGACAGCUACAGCGAAUUAGCUGGUGGGUAUGGGGCUCACAUCUUCAUCACCAGGGAACCAUUCCACUAUCCCGUACCGGAGACCAGUGAUUACUGGAUUAUUUUCCAAUCGGGUGGGUUUUCUUCUACAUGGACCUAUCUUUCCGGUUCAACGGCUUGUGAAUGCGACAGCAAUAAUCCUUUGUAGAAAACAACAGUAAGUGGUUGAAAUAAGAUGUACAUGUACCUCUAGGGGAAACAGAUGGGUUUCAACCCCUGGCUGGUACAAAGCCAUCUUCAAUUCAACCACCACCACCAAACUUAACCAAAAUAAUAAUUACAUAAAAUAAUAAUUUCAUAAAAUUAUGACGAACUAACCCAUUUUAAUUAAAAUGUUAAGGAAAACUAGUAGAGUGUUUUACUUAUUUUUAACUUUAUGUGUACUUUUAAGAGUUUGUAUGAACGCAAUUGUUUACAGACGAUAGUCAGAAACCAUUGGAUUAGCUACUAGCUUGUAUGUAGUUCAAUUCCAUGAAGUCUAAGCGCUUGACCUGAUUAAAAUAUUAGGUCGCCGCGGAUUCAAAAAGUUCCACCGAACAUGUUUUCCUAAGGAUCUGGAUUCAAUAAAUACUCGUCUCCAGGGUAGAGUCUUUGAAGCUGUGAGGGUUGGACAUGUAUUUCACGGAGGAAUGUUUAUAAAACAACGCUUUCGACUAAAAAACGUUUUUACCUAAAUCGAAGUUUGAAUAGCCAAUCAGAGUAAAUCGCAACAUCAAAGUACAAUGAUUAUGCGUUUGCACCUGAGGGUGAAAAGUUACCGUGACAAUGCUUUGUCCAAUGAGGUUAGGUCACCAAACUAGGUUUUAACUUACUUCAUUUUGAAGUGCCCACUAUCUGUCCAUGAUCAUAUUUAGUAUAGGCUACCACUUGGUGAAGACGGAGUACAUUUCCUUACUCAACAGUACCACGAACUCGCACUUUUUUGCUGCUCACUUCCUCAUUUGACACUAGAGGGGAAAAACAGUGCAGCAGAGAAGGUGAAAAUAAUGGUCGAUAUAAAACAUUUUGUCUUUGGUGUCGUCUAGGCUGUCGCAAAAUCAUUAAAGAAAAAAUCCCUCUAGUAAGAACAAGACAAGAAUCAAACUUUGGAAAGAAUUACCCUAGAGCAAUGCACUCACCAAAUUUAUUCCUAGAAUCUAUCAAUACAGUUGUACAUGUAAUACAUGUACAUUGUAUCUUGACGUAAAUUUGUGCCGGAAAUAAGGGUUGAAUCAUGGGUAAUUUGUGCGUGGGAUGACUUGCCUGGCCAUGGAAAUUUGAAAUGGAGGGGGUACUGAUAUCGUCUGACACUAGGGGGCGAUGUUCAUAAUGCAGACGUACAUCUGUGAUAGUACAUUCCUGUAGAAUAUUACACUUGAACGGCACAAUAACAUUAACUGUACAUUUUUGUUGUUGUUGAGAAGCGCGAACAAAUUUCACAACUUGUUAAGGUUUUCCCUUACCGCAACAAAAUUCAGGGGGUGAUUCAAAGGCAUAUUCCCACUCAAAAAGUGGGGGAUACAUAUACCCCUAAAGUUUUAUUUUUACGUAGGACCAUGCUGACAUAAUAGUUGAGUUAUUCAUUUUUAUUUUAUAUUUGGGUUUUCGUCAUUAUGACCAUCAUCAGAAUUAAUUACAAUUUCGCCUCUUCGGGCUCACGUUUUACUCUUUGGCUCUCUUAA